AUGCGGCUGCCAGAGUUCUCCCAGCCUGCGAAGGAAGGGAAGCCGGGGGUUAAAAUAGCCCGGUUCCUGGGGAAACGAAUUGCACAACAAUCUGCGCAUCGGGCUGGUCUCAGGAGUUUCAUCCGCUAUGGCUGGCGCUGGAGCUGGAGAGUGGCCACUUUUGUGACAAUAUUCAACAUGGUGAGCACAGGUCUGUCUGUGUACCGCAAUAAAACCACCAUCAGUAAUUUUGCUUCGGCAGGAGCCUUCACAGGAGCCCUUUUCAGAAUGCACUUGGGCCUGCAGGGACUGGCAGGCGGCUUCGUGUUCGGAACAGCGUUUGGGAUCCCUGCAGGGGGCCUCUUAAUGACAAUGCAGAAGCUUGCCGGUGAGACCCUGCAGGAGAAGAGAAACCGUGAGCGCAGGGAGCUAUAUGAACAGAAGUUAGCAGAAUGGCAAUCCAGGCUCAGUGUGAUGGAGGUCUUAGGCCAAACAGAAAGCAAUGCCCAGGGAGGAUCGGAGACAGAGCAAGCAAGAGAAUCUACGAGCUACUGA